GCAUUCCACACUCCAUCACUCCAUACUAUCCAUUCAUAACCGCAAACAUGCCGCAAACCCUCAAACUAGCCGUCUCCCAAUCCCGAACUCUCUCCACGCUGAAAGAAACCCUCGCCUCCCUCGAAGCCACCACCCGCCAAGCAGCCUCGCAAGGCGUCGACCUCAUCCUCUUCCCCGAAGCCUUCCUCGGCGGCUAUCCGCGAACAUGUGCCUUCGGUGCCGCGGUGGGGCAGAGGACUGAUGAUGGGAGAGAACAAUUCUUGCAAUACUUCAAGGGUGCGGUUGACAUGGGGGACACGCCAUUGGGAGGCGGAGACGACUGGGUGGAGAGGAAGCUGCCGCUCGCCAAGGGACAGGAUCGUCGGGGCGAUGGAACGAGAGAGUUUCUUGAGCGCGUAGCGAAGGAGACGGGAGUCUUUGUCGUUACUGGACUGGUCGAGAGAAGCGGUGGCAGUCUUUACUGCGCUGUCGUCUACGUCUGCCCCAAGCUGGGAUGUCUGGGCAAGAGACGAAAGGUCAUGCCAACCGGAUCUGAACGCCUCGUCUGGGCCCAGGGCUCGCCAAGCACCCUUCGAGCCGUCACUACCACAAUCAAGGGGGUGAAAUUGAGACUGGCGGCCGCCAUCUGCUGGGAGAACAUGAUGCCUCUGCUUCGCUACUCCCUCUACUCGCAGAAUGUCAAUCUUUGGCUUGCUCCAACUGCAGAUGCUCGGCCGACUUGGUGGCCUCUGAUGCGCACGAUAGGCAGUGAAGGGCGUUGUUUUGUGCUCAGCGCCAUCUCUUGCGUGUCGAGGAAGAACCUACCGUACUGGGCGGAUGGUGCGGUUCCGAGCUUGACCGCCGUUGGCGAAGUGGAUGGCAUCAACGGUGUGAAAGACUCCUCCCCAGCUCCAGCAUCUCGGCAUGUGAGGCGACGUAGCACCGUCACCGUGCAAGCAGGAAAUCAUGACCUCGUCUUGCCGUCUACAGAAGAAGAAUCAGCAGUCCUGUCACCUGCGCCGAGUGCACCAGCAGCUCUCAAACCUACGAAGAACAGCGUGGGAGACGAAUUCGCUUGCCGCGGUGGCAGUUGUAUCGCUGGCCCCAUGGGACAGGAUCUGGUUGAGCCGCUCUGGGAAGUUGAGGAUGGGGGACUACUCGUCUACGAUGCGGACUUUGAAGACUGUGAACGUGGACGACUGGACUUGGACGUUGCUGGACAUUAUUCGCGUAACGAUGCAUUCAAAUUGACUGUGGAAGGACUCGAUAUCACACCUGCCUCGUAGCGAGAAUUUCGCCAGCGAGAAGACUGCAUGACUAUUAUACUACAAAGGA